AUGUCCACAAUCGAGGACGCAAAGCGGAAUGCUGCUAAACAAGCUGUAGCAAAACACUAUCCACCGAAUCCCAAAUUCGUCGGAAUUGGCAGCGGGACCACCAUUGUCUAUGUGGUCGAGGCCAUCAAAGCGCUGGGUGUAGACACCACAACCACUGGCUUCGUGCCUACAGGGUACCAGUCAAACCAACUUGUUGUCAAUGCUGGCUUGACCUCUAUUUCACUCGACGCUCUUCCCGAGGGUGCUGUGUUGGACGUUGCGUUCGAUGGUGCGGAUGAGGUGGACGAUGAUCUCAAUUGCAUAAAAGGUGGUGGGGCAUGCUUGUUCCAGGAGAAACUGGUUGCGCUGCAGGCUAAGGAGUUCAUUUGCGUAGCUGACUCUCGAAAACUCCAGCGCCGGCUCCUGACAAACUGGCCCUCAAUCCCAAUCGAAGUAGCCCCCCUUGCCGUCCGCCGCGUUAUAUCAGAGCUCCAAAAACUUGGCAGCCCCCUACCCAAACUCCGUAACGCACCAAUUAAGGAAGGUGAACAUACCCAACCCUUAAAAACUGACCAAGACUUCUUCCUCGUCGACGCACCCUUUCCCAAACUCCUCCUGCCGUCCGACGUUGCGCAGGGUGAGGAUGGGUCGGGCAAAAACGGCGUCUGGGAAGUCACGGCGCUGGCGGAGAGGAUCAAAUUGAUCCCUGGUGUGCUGGAGGUUGGUCUCUUCUGCGGGCUGACGGGCCCGCAAGCACAGGCUGCUGGCGGCAUUGGCGGGCAGAAGCCUACCGCUGCGUAUUUCGGCAUGCCUGAUGGCUCGGUUUCGGUGCGCAAGGCGAAUUAG